AUGUUCCACACUUUCCACUCGUCUGCGGGGCAGCGACAACCCGCAGGCGAGGGUGACUUUGCCGGAAAACCAACACGGUCAACUGGUUCGCGGCGGAUAUCAACCAGCAACGCAUGCGUUGAGUGCAGACGGAGGAAGAUACGUUGUGAUGGAACGCAGCCUUGCGGACAGUGCCAGUGGUACCAACACCCUGAAGCAUGCAGCUAUUCGAAACCCGCACAGCGAGUCGUACCCAGCCGCAAACUGGUUGACAAAUUGUCAAGUAACAUUGAUCUGUAUAAGAGUGUCUUGACGAAGCUACUGGGGACAACGCAGCUCGACUCGUUAGCAAAUCUUUCCCGAGAGGAACUUUUGCAGCUCGCUCUGACCUCUCCUGAAGUCACUCAAAAAACAUCACCAUCCGUAGCAAAUGCGCAGGCUAUGUCAGAGAUUCAUACCGGCUCAGAUGGCGCCGAUAGUCUGGAAGCGCUGGAGCAAGCACCACCAGAGGAUCCCUACUGGGAUGAAGCACGAAAGCACCAAAUUCGUGUGCAGGGGAUAUCGGAUGAUGUCAACGGCCUUUCCAUGUCUGUGGACAGGCUGUCAUCGUACGUUGGGAUAUCCUCAAUUACGGCAGCGCUAAAGGUCAUUGUCCGUUGCGCACCGCAAGCACGACCGCUGCUCAGCCAUAACAACCAAACAGAAACAGCACUACCUAGCCGAGCAAAUUCUCCACCACCCGAGCUCACAAACAACCACCCACUAGCAUUACCUUCGCAAGCACAGGGGGAAAGCCUUAUCGAAAGCUAUUUCGACCGAUGUCACCCCUUCUUUCCGCUGAUCGAUGAACGCAAAUUCUGGGCUACGUACCUGCACGGGAAUCGAACAGACUCCCAAUGGCUAGCAUUGUUGAACAUCGUAUUUGCUGUGGGCUCAUUGGCGUCAUCGACCGCUGACAAUCAAGCACACUACACAUACUUCAACCGAUCACGGAAACACAUGUCUCUAGAGUCCUUUGGUAGCGGCAACAUUGAAGUGCUGCAAGCUCUAGCCAUAAUGAGCGGCUAUUACAUGCACUACCUCAACCGGCCGAACGAAGCGCAUUCGCUCAUGGGUGGAACCCUCCGAAUGGCUACGUCGUUAGGUCUACAUCGCGAGUACUCGGAGCGAAGCGAUACCGGCAGACAACUAGCGCCACCUGAAGAGGAGGAGGCUAUUUCACCUGAGAUGAGGCGACGGAUGUGGUGGAGCCUGUUCUGUCUCGAUGCAUGGGCAUCUACAACGACCGGGAGACCGUCUUUGGGUCGAAUGGGGCCGUCAAUCACGGUUAUGAAGCCUGGUACAGCUGCCAACGCUGUGCCGACCAUUAUCAUGCCGAACAGCCCGCAGUUCAUGGAUCAACUGAGACUGCUGCCUCUCACCCAUGCAUCCACAUUCUGUGCGAUCGCUACGAAGAUACAAGAUCGGCUGGUCGAGUCACCUCUCCUCCCACAUCCGGAGACAGCUGCAUACGAUGCCCAGAUCUUGAAGUGGCACGAGGAGCUUCCGUCGAUUUUGUCCAACUAUGACGAGCAAUGUCCGGAGUUCCUCCAUCGAGUACGAUGCAUUAUGAAGUGGCGCUUCCAAAAUAUUCGAAUCGUACUACACCGGCCUGUACUGCUAACCACGGCUCUCCGAAGGUGCACGUGGGCUACUUUGACAGCGGAGGAGAAGACCGCGGUUGAGAAGUGUCGGACAGUUGCCAGCACUACCAUCGAGGAGCUCAACAGAGAUUGCAUGCCUGAUCUAAUCUCUGGAUGGAAUGCAGUCUGGUUCUGCUUCCAGGCCUGCAUGGUGCCUCUAGUGUCCCUAUUCAGUGAUGCGAGUCAGCCAGAGGAGGUCGAAAAUUGGAAGGCUAGCAUCGAAACAGCAUUAGCCUUCUUCGACCGAGUAAGAGACUGGAGCAUAGCAGCCAAAAGAAGUGCAGAUGCCGUAGCGAGGCUAUAUACGGCAUACAAGGCACAGAAGACAACACCUCCACAACUAUCGAUUCCUCCAACACCACAGAUGCAACAGCAACAGCAGGCAUACGACAUGCCGAACAACUACUCGCACCUCAACGUUCUAAAUCCGAACCUCGAGCCGGGCCAAGAUCCCUUCGACUACAAUGCUGCCGGUAUGCAAAACUGGCCGAACGCGAACAUGAACGAUCCAAACUACCUAAACUUUUUUUGGGAUGAUAUGAUGUGGGAUACGAAUCUACCCGAUAUGCAAGACGCACGAUAUGGAAUGAGCAACGUUUACGACUUUACGGGUGCGGCGCAAGAUUCGGGUAUUGAUGGGGCGUAUUGGAUGCACGGAAACUAA